AUGCGACCGGAUCCCGAAUACCACAGUAUCCACGGCAUCCCGACGAGGCGGGACCGAGCCCUCCUCCAUCGCCAUCGAUCCCGAGCCUUGUUUACCUCUGAGGCUGUGGCAGUGCCAGUGCACCCAGGACACGGGCGAACAACAGAAGUGUGCGUGGAGCUUCGGCUUUGGUGUACCGACGUCGCUGAACUUUUUCAGCGAACGACAGCUGAUGACUUGCCGAAUUUGACUUCGUUUGCCGGCAGCCCUGGUGACUUGCCAAUUGAUGAGACGGACGACAACACGGACGAAGGAGCUGACUUUGACAUGAGUGAUCAUUCGAGCGACGAUUUGAGUCAUCGCUCUAUCGAAGCCACAGACAACGGUGCAUGUAGGCUUGAGGAGUGGGACUUCAAUGCAGAUGAUGAUGGCAGUGAUGACGAAACUUCAUGA